GAAGCAGGCCUCUCCUAUAACAGGAAUCUCGUCUCGGUGCUUCUUCUUAGCCUAAACUCUACUCCAAUCCACUUGCAGUCCAGAGGUCAGCCGGAAUCACAACUGGCGGUCUUGCCGCAUUCUCAAAAUGGUUGUUGAUACUAGCUAUUACGACGCCCUUGGGGUGCCGCCCACUGCCACAGAACUUGAAAUCAAGAAGGCAUAUCGAAAGCUUGCCGUCGUCACUCAUCCUGACAAGAAUCCUGGCGAUGAGACCGCGCAUGAGCGAUUUCAAGCGAUCGGAGAAGCAUAUCAAGUCCUCAGCGAUGCCGAACUUCGCAAGCGUUAUGAUACCCACGGCAAGGAAGGGGCUGUCCCGGACCAAGGUUUCGAGGACCCGAACGAGUUCUUUGGUAUGAUCUUUGGUGGAGACGCGUUUUACGAUCUGAUCGGCGAAAUAUCUUUGCUGCAAGACCUUACGACUCGCAUGGAAAUCACAACGGAAGAGGCGGAAGAAGAUCUAGCUGCGUCGACGGAAGAGAAGCUGAACAUCAAUGAGCAGGAAGGCACGUCUGUAGGUGAAACCACCAGUUCAGGUGCGGGCUCAAGAGCCAGCGCAGCCUCGCCGUCCCCCGCCGCCUCCGGUACAAGCACUCCUCGGCCUCGCUUGGGACAGCAGGCUAUCAUGGAUAAGUCCGAUGAGGAAAUCCGAAUGCAGGCCGCCGGUGUAACAGAGGAGGAGCGCGAGCUCAGGAAAAAGGAGAAGAAGAAGGGCGGUCUUACACGUGAACAGGCCGAAAGACUCCAAGCCUUCGAACUCGAGAGACAAAAGGCGCGAGAAGAGCGAGUCGACAUGCUGGCGACGAAACUUAUCGACAAGAUCAGCGUGUGGACGGAAACUGACAAGGGUGCCGAUGUGACUCGGGCCUUUGAGGAGAAGAUUAAGCUUGAGGUGGAGAACCUGAAGAUCCAGUCCUUCGGUAUUGAGAUCCUCCAUGCUAUUGGCGCUACGUAUGUUUCAAAAGCUACCUCUUUCCUGAAGUCACAAAAGUUCCUGGGUAUUUCCGGAUUCUUCUCCCGCCUUAAGGAUAAGGGUACUCUCGCAAAAGAAGCCUGGACAACCAUCUCGACUGUCAUCGACGCACAAUUGACCAUGGAGGAGAUGGCUAAACUCGAAGAAAAGGGCGGCGAGAAUUGGACGGAUGAGAUGAGGGCCGAGUAUUCCGUAAAGGUAACGGGCAAGCUUCUCGCGGCCGCCUGGCGUGGUAGCAAACUCGAGAUUCAAAGCGUCCUUCGCGACGUCUGUGAUAAGGUGUUGGGCGACAAGAAGAUCAAGUUGGAGAAGCGCAUCGAGCGGGCUCAUGCCAUGAUAAUUGCCGGCAAUAUCUAUUCUAAGGCCGAGCGUGACCCCGACGACGAGGGAGAUUACAUGGCCUUCGAGCAGCUCAUGGCUGAUGCAACGGCAAAGAAAGCGAAGGACGAGAAGAAGAAAAAGAAGAAGCACGGUCACUCUGAGCUGGAAGCCUCCAGCCCGAAGGCCGCGUCGUAGUUGCUCGUCAUCUCGGAACCUACCCUCUCCCCUUUUCGCCCAGUCUCUCCCCGCUUAAUUAUUCCCCGUGUGCCUUGGAUAAAUAUGCCGGAUGUAUCUUUCGUCGUAGCGAAUUGUUAUUCUCUCCCGAGAGCGCUCUCUU